CUCCUAUUUGUCCUCUGAAAGCCACCCUUUCGGCCACCACUUUUCCUGCCUUUCUCCUUUGGGCGUCACAUGGAGGAUGAGCUUUCAUUGGCUUUGUCAUACCUCAGGUGUAGCACCUGUUGUGCCACCGAUGGCUUUGAGACCGCCAGUAAUUUGACGCAUGGACAAUCCUUGUGGUUUCAAGGGCCAGAUGGCCUUGAUCCAGACAAAGAAGAACGAUGUCCUGGGGACGAGCCUUUGACCAAAGCGGAUGGAGUGCAAGAGCGUGGAAUGGUACAGCUGGACAGCGGGGCGAUCUAUGCUGGACAGUGGCUGGGGGACCAGCGCCAUGGCCACGGCAGCCUCAGUCGGCCGGAUGGAAGCCGCUAUGACGGCCAAUUUCGGCAUGACAAGGCACAUGGCAGUGGCAGGUUUCGACAAGAGAAUGGCGACAUGUACUCUGGCCAGUGGUGUGAAGACAAGGCGCAUGGUCAUGGGAAGUUCUUGCACGCCGAUGGCUCGUCCUAUGAGGGCGAGUGGGACAUGGAUCUGAAGUCUGGAAAAGGCUUUGAGACUUGGUCUGAUGGGUCUCACUUCAAGGGCGAGUACCGAGAUGGAAUGAAGCAAGGUAUGGGUUACUUCCAGUCCUCAGAUGGCUCCAGCUACUCUGGGCAAUUCGUCAACGAUGUGAUGGAAGGAGAGGGUACCUAUCACUUUGCAGAUGGCAGGGUCUACACUGGCAGCUGGCGAAAUAGUCAGAUGCACGGCAACGGCUGGAUGACCUGGCCCGACGGGCGCUUCUACAAGGGCGGCUUCUCGGAGGAUCGCAAGUCCGGGGAGGGCACCUUCACCUGGCCUGACGGCAGGUCCUACUGUGGCCAGUGGGAGAACGGUCGCCAGCAUGGAGUCGGUGUUUUCGUGGACAAUCGCAGCAGGCAAAGAAAGGGCUUGUGGAACGAGGGGCAGCGGCUGAAAUGGCUGGACUCCUGAACCACAAGUGGCCUCACCUGUUUUACUCGAUCUUGGACGUCUUUGGUCGAUAGCAAACGCCUAUUGGCUCACGUGCAAUCAGCUGCCUCAUGAUGGUCAGCUGCCUCAUGAGAGGUUUUGGAUGUCUCACUUAGCCAGAGUCAUGCCCCAGAAGGCAUGAAAACGACAGGUCUUGCAAGUCGUUUUUAUGGUUUCAUUACUAGUGUGAGACUGCAUGGUGCAUCGUAUGGUGUUUGUGUGUGUGAACUUCGAGUGUGCGACAAUCCAAAGUGUGUACCUCGCUUAUUGUUGCAAGGGAGAGCAGACUUCUUGGUAGAAGCUCUGCUGACGAACUCUUUUUGACUUUGGCUUGAAAUCACAAAGGGUGAGUCGUGAGCCUCUGCCCUCGUAGUGACAAAGCCCCAGCCAUGAA